AUGGGAUAUGCGCAGAACGCCAGAGGACAAGGCCUCCAGCUGUGUGGCUCGCCUUUGCCGUCUGAAUCGAUUCAACAGCUCCAGCCACAACGAGUAGCUUCGGCGGCGGGCGCUGCGCUCGAGAUGGCGGUGCGGAUAUUUAGAGCAUCGAGCUUUCAGGACCGGCGCGCUCGUAAUGUUCUUGGCGAGCUCGUUUCGGUGCUGUGGCAUGCCGACUCCAUCACCUCGCUGGAGUUCACCGUUGUUUGGUUUGGUGUGCCUAACUUGCGCGAGUCGAAGGCAAGUUUAUAUAACGUUGUGGGGCACAUGUACAUACCCCGCUCGCAAAUGCUGCAGUCCACUCGAAGGGAGCACGAGCAAUGCGACGCCCAGCAGCCUCUGAGUAGAGAUGCUGUACAUGGAACAGGAGAUCUCCCUUGCGAGCUGCCACGCCGUCUGCAGCUGGCCAACACGAUUGAAGUGAUCCGGUGCCAGCCUCAAGAUGACCAAAAGAUGACGGGCACGCCUUACAGUGAUAUUCACCUUGAGGCCGCGGCCUCUGCUGAUGGCGCCCCGGAUACCGUCACCUUCAACGAUCUGACUUGUCCGCCCUCCAAGCCAAAAAUCGCGAACAAGUUGCAUUUCGGUGGUCGUCUGAGUGCGUCUACCUACACAUAG